AUGAGUCCCUCAAGCAACAUCCUCAUACCAGCCCGAAUAGCCAUUCGCCAGCUUCAGAAACGCACCUACUCCAUGUCUUCCACUCCCAAACCCCGUCAUCUCCUCUCAAUCGCAGACCUGACGGCCUCCGAGCUCAGCACGCUCGUUCUCUCCGCCUCGUCCCACAAAGCCGCUCUCAAAUCUGGCACCACUCCACCUACACUCAAAAACGCUCUCGCCGGCAAGACAGUUGCCAUGAUGUUCAACAAGCGCAGUACACGCACGCGUGUCUCCACUGAAGCAGCAGUCACGGCAAUGGGAGGACAUCCGAUGUUUCUCGGGUCAAGCGAUAUCCAGCUUGGAGUCAACGAAUCCCUAUAUGAUACAUCGGUAGUCAUAUCCUCGAUGGUAUCGGCCAUGGUCGCCCGCGUAGGAGCACAUUCUGAAGUCGCGGAUCUGGCGAAGGAUAGCAGCGUACCCGUGAUAAACGCUCUAUCUGACGCAUUCCACCCUCUACAAACCAUUGCGGAUUUCCUCACCAUAUAUGAGGUUUUCGGAAGGAAAGGCGGAAAAGGAUUGGGCGUUGAGGGACUAAAGGUGGCUUGGGUGGGAGAUGCGAAUAAUGUGCUCUUCGAUCUUGCGAUAGCAUGUCAGAAACUUGGCGUGCAUAUAUCUGUCGCUACACCGACAGGAUACUCCAUCCCCGCCCCUAUGCGGGAUCUUAUAAGGUCGUCCUCUUCCGGAGCGGGAUUCGUUGAGACGAACGUCCCUGAGGAGGCUAUCAAGGAUGCGGAUGUCCUUGUCACGGAUACGUGGAUUUCUAUGGGGCAGGAGGAAGAGUCUCUGAAGAGGAUAAAUGCUUUCAAGGGGUAUCAGAUUACGGAGGAGCUGGCGAAGAAAGGUGGUGCAAAGGAUGGGUGGAAGUUUAUGCACUGUUUGCCAAGGCAUAAAGAGGAGGUUGAUGAUGCGGUAUUUUAUGGGGAGAGGAGUUUGGUGUUCCCUGAGGCUGAAAAUCGACUUUGGGCGGCGAUUGCGGCGUUGGAGGGGUUUGUGAUUAAAAAGGGGAAUAUUGUUUAG